AUGAAUAAAGAUACUAGAUUUGUAAUUCAAGAAAUUGAUAUUAAUACAUUAAAUGUUAAGGUUUAUGAUAAAACAGAUAUUAAAAUUUUAGAAUUUACAGAUGAAAAUUUCGGUGAUUAUUUUAUUAGAAAUGUAAACGAUUUAUAUAUUAAAAUAGAUCAUAAAGAAAAUGUAUUAUUUAUUGAAAAAACGUUUAAUACUAAAUUUGUUAAACCAACUUCUCGUGAAUUAGUAGUUAAAAAUAAAAUAAUUACUUUUGACAUAGAAGCUUUUUUACAUCCUAUUAAUAAAGAAUAUUUUAAAUAUUUAAAUAUUAAUGAAAAUAAAUCUGAAAAAGAUUUGAAAAUGUUUAUUCCUUUUGCUUGUGGUUUUUAUGAUGGUCAAGCAUCUUAUAAAUUUUAUUUAUCAGAUUUUGAUAAUUAUAAAGAUAUGCUUAAAGCUUGUAUAUUUGAAAUGGCUAAACCUAAAUAUAAUGAUUUUACUAUUUAUGUUCAUUGUGGUGGUAAAUUUGAUUUUAUUUUUAUAGUAGAUGUCAUUAAAGAAUUUAAUGAUGUAGAACUUAUAGGUAAACAAAAAUUUACAGGUAAAGAUUCAAAAAUUAUAGGAUUUGAUAUUAAAGUGUUUAAUCCUAUAUAUAAAGAUAAAUCUAAAAAAUUUAAAGGGGUAACUUUAAAAUUUAGAGAUUCUUAUAAAUUAUUAGCACAACCAUUGCGUGACUUAACAGAAGAAUUUAAAGUUGAAAAAAUAAAAGGUAUUUUUCCUUAUAUGUUUCCAAACUCUUCUAAUUUAAAUUAUAUAGGAGAAUUUCCAGAUUAUUCUACUUUUAAUAAAGAGGAUAUUUCAUUUGAUGAAUACUCUAUAUUAAAGAAUGAAAAUCCUAAUUCUUGGAAUUUAAAAGAAGAGUGUUUUAAAUAUUUAGAUAGUGAUUUAAUAGGACUACAUCAAGUAUUAAUGAUUUUUAGCAAAUUGAUUUAUGAAAAAUAUAGACUUAAUAUUACAAAACUAUUUAGUAUCUCUUCGUUAGCCAUGAAAAUUUUUACUAGUAAUUAUUUGAAAUCUGAUAAUAUAAUUCCUAUAAUAAAUAAUCGUAAAGUUCAUAAAGAUAUAAGAAAUGCUUUAUAUGGUGGUAGAGUUGAAGUUUUUAACCCAAUUGUUUCUAUAAAAUCUUAUAUGUACGAUAUAAAUAGUAUAUAUCCUUGGGCUAUGAUAAUGCCUAUGCCUGUUGGUUCUCCUAUUUUCUCUACUAAUACAGAUUUAAAUCAAUUAUUUGGUAUUGUUUAUGCAACUGUUAUCGUACCAGAACAUGCAGACCCUAUUCUUCCUUUUAGAACUGAAGAUGGUCAAUUAAUAUUUCCUAAAGGAAAGUGGACCGCUUGGUUCUUUUCAGAAGAAUUAAAGAAUGCUCAAUUUUAUGGUGUUAAAGUUACAGUACACCAUUCUUAUAUUUUUGAUAAAUCAAAUGAUUUAUUUAAAGAUUUCAUUGAAUAUUUAUAUGAAAAAAAACGAACUAGUAAAGAUAGUAAAAGAGCUAUUUAUAAACUUAUAAUGAAUAGUUCUUAUGGUAGAUGGGCUCUUAAAUUUUUUAAAACUGUUAUAGAUGUUGUAGAUGUAAAAACAGCGGAACAUCUAUUAUUAACUCAUAAUGUAGAAGAAUAUAUAAAAUAUAAAAACGAUAAAGUAUUUGUUAGAUACUCUGCAUUACCAGAUGUAGAACAAUGUAAUGAUUAUAAUGUCGAUUACGGUUUGGAGUUAAUUAAAUCUGUAAAUUCUCAACAUGAUAGUAUAUCUUCAAUUCCUAUAGGAGUAGCUAUAACUUCUUGGGCUCGUAUUUUGAUGUCUUCUUUUUUAUUUAACCCUUCUAACCCUUGUUCAUAUACAGAUACAGAUUGUGGAAUAUUUGCUAAAAAACUACCUAAAUCUUUAAUUACUGAUAAAUUAGGUGGUUGGAAAUUAGAACAUACUAUAAAAAAAGGUUUAUUCCCUUUAGAUAAAGUAUAUUCUAUUGACUCUAUUGAAAAAGGAUUGAUUAGAAAAAACAAAGGUGUAAAUAAUAAAUUAUCUACUACAAAUUUUAUAGAUUUAUAUAAAGGUAAAUCUAUAGAUUUAACAGAGAAAAGAUGGAUUAAAGAUCUUUCUUGUGGAUUAGUUUAUGUUGAUAAUAUGGACAUCUAUAUUAACAAUAUUUAUUCUAAAAGAAAUAAAAUAUUUUACAAAGGAUAUUGGAUCGGUACUGAACCUUUAACUAUAUUAGAUGGUAAGAUUAUCUAUAAGCCUGUUUUAUCUAAUUUUUCAUACAUAAACUAUUUAUUUAUAAUACAACAUAAUCUAAUUAGACUGUAUGAUAGUAUUGAUAAAUCUUUAGUUAUAUAUAAAAAUCAAGAUGUGUCUUUAGUUAUAUAUAAAAAAAUAUAG